GUUGCGAGGCCCUUUGCUUCUUGGCCAUCGGCAGGGGGAACACUGGAGGGGUGUGCGCAUCUCCAGAUGUCUGGCAAACUCUUAGUCCUCUUCUGAGAUCCAGCUUGAGAACGUCCUUUGAAGUUGCAUGAAGAUCACAGGGACGUGGUACGUGAAGGCCAUGGUGGUUGACAAGAACCUGCCUAAGGAAAAGAGGCCCAGGAAUGUGUCUCCCAUGAGAGUUACUGUCCUGGAUGGUGGAGACUUGGAGGCCAUGUUCACCUUCAUGAAGGGGGACCAGUGCCAGGAGAAGAGAACUGUGAUACACCAAACCGAGGAGCCUGGCAAAUACAGCGCCUAUGGGGGCAAGAAGCUUGUGUACAUCCUGGAGCUGCCAGUGAAGGACCACCACAUCUUUUACUGCGAGGGCCAGCUCCGAGGGAAACCAAUUCGCAUGGGAAAACUCGUGGGUAGAAAUCCCGACAUGAACCUGGAAGCCCUGGAGGCAUUUAAGAAAUUCACACAGCGCAAGGGAUUGCCACUGGAGGACAUCUUCAUGCCCGUCCAGACAGAAAGCUGCGUUCCUGAUAGUGACUAGGGACAGGGGCGCCACGGCUCCACAGCAGCCCCAGAGCAGCACCACCAGGACGCUCUGUCCUGCAGGACAUGGACGGAUCCCCUGCCUCUGGGGUUUGGCCUGCCCCCCCACACCCUGCCACUCCCACUCCCCUUCCUCCCCCAGCCCUCCUGGUUCCACAUAAAGAGCUUCAGCAGU